AGCUUAUACACUCAUACACCCAUCCUUAACAUACCAAUAUUAUCGAGAAACUUAUCGACUAAUCGACUCGCCACUCUGCAGAGAGCACGGCAGUCAGUCGCUGUUGAACCAAGCUAAAGGACAGAUCAAAAUAAAAGAGUCACGUGAAAUUGUAUUAGAAUAUUAACUUCUGUAAACGGCGGCUAAAAUCUCAGAAGUGGGAUUAAUAAUCCAAAAUGGACGAUAAAAUCAUCCUGAACGACUUUUCGCUGACAACCCUAAAAGAUUGGCUACGUAUUCUGGGCCAAAAUACGGAGGGCACAAAAACCGAAUUAAUCGCGAGGCUGCAAGACAUCCCAACGGCAGUUCGGGGCGAUUGUCCACCGGAGCACCCCCAGAAAAACGCUCCACCAGGAAACGACAUUUUUUCUUCACUGGAUUUUCAGAAUUGUGAAAUUAACACCGAUCACGUAAGUGUGAAUGCAAUGAACAGAAAAGAAUCAACCGAAACUGGCAGUGAGAGGGAGACAAACAUGUUCGAGCUACAGCAACUACGCGCAGAGCUAGCAGAAGCGAAGGCAAUGCUUAACGGAACACGAUCGAGCUCGCAGUUCCAAGAACAACAACAACCAGAGCAAAGCAAGGCUACAGUUAGUUCCGUUAUCCAGACGGCGCAGUUUACGCAGGCUGGCGCCACAAAAGAGAACACAACAUUUCACUCGCCGCAGCGAUCCAACGAGAGAGCGGAGAGCCAGCGUUUUCCAGUUGAUGCUCUCGCUCUCGCCAAAGAGACGAUAACCGAUUACGAUGGGAAAACUUGCGCGCGUGCCUGGAUAACAGUGGUCAAAAAUAUCGCACGCACUUUCAACAUCGAUGACAACCAUUUACGCAUCUUACUCAUCACUAAACUUAAAGGAAACGCGCAAGUCUGGUUACAUGCGCACCCUGCUCGAUUGAUCGAACCAAUUGACAAUUUGCUUGAUCAACUGUCAUUGACUUUUGGCGAGCAAUCAUCCAAGGCUGAGAUCCGGCGAAAAUUCGAGAGUCGCAAGUGGAAAACCGAGGAGAAUUUCUGCAGUUAUUACGACGAGAAGAUGGCUCUCUCAAACGGGAUAAACAUCGACGACGACGAACUACUGGACCAGAUGAUAGAGGGCAUACCGCUGCAAAAUUUCCGUACCCAAGCACGGAUUCAAUGCUUCUCUACUCCGUCGGAGAUGCUACGCGCAUUUUCGAACAUCCGUUUGCCAGCUCGGAGGGAGCCACCUGUACAGCCAACCGACUACAAAGAUGCGCAAACUGUAAUUCAAGAGGACACAAAGCUGACAUCUGCAAGAAGCCCAAACGUGAACCAGGUUCGUGCUACUCCUGUGGACAACUUGGACACCUGGUGGCACAAUGUCCCACAAGGAAGAGCGUUUCAACUAAUAAUUAUAAUGCCUCAUAGACUCUGGCAGUCCUAUAUCUAUCAUUAAAAAGUCACUUAUUAACGAGACAAUGAAGUUAGCCUUAGUUAAUACUUGCUAUUUUGGUUUAAACAACUGUAUUCUCAAAACACAUGGACAAACCACAUGUUAUGUAUUGAAAGGAUCAAUAAAAAUAUAUUUUCGUUUAAUCAUUGUUUGCGACCAGUCUAUGAGGUAUAAUGUUAUUCUCGGCAGAGAUUUUUUAACUGCAUGCAAUUUAAAUUUAGACCCCUACACCUUGGGAAUGAUUGCGUUGAGAAAACCCAUGGAAAUAAACAAAAGAUCAAUGUUUACUGAAAAUGAAAUUGUUAGUUCACAAUCGUUAGAAAAUGAAAUUGUUAGUCCAAAAUCGUCUAAAAAUGCAAUUAUUAGUCCGAAAUCGUUAGAAAAUAAAAUCGUUAAUCAACAGCAUAAAGAAACUGGUCCAAUAUCGUUAAGAGAUGAAAUAGAUAAUCAACAAAAGAAUGUCAGUAAAUCAAAAUUAUCAGAAGAUGAAAUUGUUAACACUUCAAAAGAAAUCGUUAGUUUUAAAUUGCCAAAAGAUAAAAACGUUUACGAACAAUUAAAUCACAACUUUGAUAAGGAAGUACUAAGAAUAUGUCAUGUAACUGAAAGUGAGUUAGAAUACAAAAUAGGAGAAAAUGUUAGCAAUAGGUUACAACUAGAAUUCGAUAGGUUGUUUAGAAAUUUUUAUAUAAAUGCAAAAAGGCCAAAUGAACCGACAGUUAGAAGUGAAAUACAAUUGUGUUUGAAAAACCCGAAACCGUUUAGCUGUUCUCCUAGGAGGCUUUCAUACACAGAAAAAGACAAGUUACAAAAACUAUUAGACGAAUAUUUGGAAAACGGAUUUAUACGACCAAGCGACUCGGAAUAUGCAUCGCCUAUUGUUUUAGUGAAAAAGAAAACUGGAGACUUACGUAUGUGCGUCGACUUUAGAAAACUUAAUAAAAUGACAAUGAAAGACAACUAUCCUCUACCUCUUAUAGAUGACUUGUUAGAUAGAAUGAAUGAGAAAACUGUUUUCACCAAACUCGAUCUUAAAAACGGUUUUUUCCACGUGCAUGUUAAAAAAGAAUCAAUAAAAUACACCUCUUUCGUUACACCAUUAGGCCAAUACGAGUGGCUGCGAAUGCCAUUUGGCCUCAAAAACGCCCCGUCUGUGUUCCAAAGAUUUGUUAACAAAAUUUUUGCUGAUAUGAUUAGAGAAAACAAAGUAGUAAUAUAUAUGGACGACAUUCUAUUGGCAACCGAAAAUAUAAACGAACACUUAGAAACGUUGAAAGAAAUUUUUAAAAGAUUAGUUGAAAAUAAACUUGAAUUAAGAAUAGACAAAUGUGAGUUUAUGCAAUCGAGUAUAAAAUAUCUUGGGUUCAUAAUAAAUAAAGACGGCAUAAUGCCCAAUGACAAAGGAAUCGAGGCAAUAAAAAAUUUCCCAAUACCUAACAAUGUUCAUACAGUACAAAGUUUUUUGGGAUUAUGCUCAUAUUUUCGACGGUUCAUAAAAGAUUUUUCUAGACUAGCUAAACCAUUGCAUGACAUUCUAAAAAAAGAUAAACCGUUCAAAUUUGGUAGUGAAGAAAUGUCUUGUUUUAAUAUGUUAAAAGAUAAAUUAAUACAAUCACCGGUCUUAGCUAUAUACAACCACAAACACGAAACAGAAUUGCAUUGUGAUGCAAGUUCUUCUGGAUUCGGUGCUGUACUUAUGCAAAAGAAGGAGGACCAGAAAUGGCACCCAGUUUCAUUCUUUUCAAAACGGACAACAGAUAUUGAAUCAAAAUACCACAGUUUCGAGUUAGAAACUUUAGCCAUUGUUUAUUCGUUACGUAGAUUUAGAGUUUAUCUUCAUUGGAGGACAUUUAAAAUAGUCACCGACUGCAACUCAUUAAUUUUGACCCUAAGCAAAAAAGAGCUAAACCCUAGGAUAGCCAGGUGGGCUUUAGAAUUCCAAGGUUAUGAUUUUGAAAUUGUGCAUAGGGCAGGUAGCCGCAUGCAACAUGUUGACGCACUGAGUAGGUGUACAAAUAUUAUGGUAAUACAAACAAACAGUUUCGAAGAUAAUCUAGUUAUAUGUCAAGGGAAAGAUACAAAAUUAAAAGAAAUCAGGCAAUUGUUAGAAAACACAGAAAAUAAAUUGUAUGAGAUGAGAAAUGGUAUAGUUUACAAAAAGACAAAUGAAAAUAGAUUGCUGUUCUACGUUCCGAUAGAAAUGGAAGAACAAGUGUUAUACAAAUAUCACAACGAACUUGGACACGUAGGAAGAGACAAAAUGAUAGAAGCUAUAAUGAAGAACUAUUGGUUUCCAAAUUUAAAACAGAAGUGUAGCACACAUAUCAGCAACUGUUUAAAAUGUAUUUCAUUCAGUCCCAAAACAGGAAAAACAGAAGGAUUUCUACACAACAUACCUAAGGGAAACAAACCUUUUGAAAUAAUCCAUAUUGACCAUUAUGGUCCAGUAGACUUGGCUAGACCGAAGAAACAUAUUCUAGUGAUAGUAGACGCAUUCACAAAGUUUGUCAGACUAUACGCAACAAAAACUACGAACACAAAAGAAGUCAUACAAUCGUUAAACGACUACUUCAGAGCAUACAGUAGGCCUAAGUGUAUCAUAUCAGAUAGAGGAGCAUGUUUCACGUCUGGCGAUUUUGACUCAUUUCUGAAAGAAUGCAAUGUUAAACACAUAAAAAUUGCAACAGGAUCACCACAGGCCAACGGUCAAGUUGAACGUAUAAACCGAAGUCUUGGUCCAAUGAUUAGCAAGUUAAUUGAACCUGAUCAAGGUCUACACUGGGACUUAGUCUUAGAAAAGGUCGAAUAUACCCUGAACAAUACACAACACCGCAGCAUUAAACAGUAUCCUAGCAUAAUGUUAUUUGGGUUACAACAAAAAGGACAAAUUAUGGAUGAGUUAAAAGAAAAAAUUGAGGAAAUUGGAGAAACGAUUGAAGAAAGAGAUUUAGAAAGUAUUAGAAAUAAAGGCGAGGCAAGUCAGAAAAUAGCACAAGCAUACAAUAAAGAAUAUGUUGACAAAAAACGAAAACGAUCAGGAGUGUUCACAAAAGGCGACUACGUCAUGGUUAAAAAUUUUGACUCAACAACAGGCAUAGCUAAGAAGUUAAUUCCAAAGCAUAAAGGACCCUAUGUCAUAAGCAAAGUUCUCAAAAAUGAUCGCUUCCUUCUGGAAGAUGUUGAUGGAUUUCAAAUUUCUCGCAAUCCUUACCGGGGUGUAUGGAGCAUACAGAAUAUAAAACACUGGCAAAGAAAAAUUAAGAGUCUACAAAAUAGAAUGUAUAAUUUAAGAAACUCUGUACGAAAUCGAAUGUAUAAUUUAAGAAGCAAUUGUAAAACAAAGAAAACAAACAAGAAGAAAAGAAAACCAAAAAAAUGUUUAAGACCGUUCAAAAGUAUCUCCACUGAGAAGAAUAAAAUAAGAAACAGGACCCUUAGCUUUAAGAAACGUUAAUUGUUAUAAAAUCCUACGAUCGGGAGAUCUAGUUGUCAGGACGGCCGAGUUGUAGUAGGCUGCUCCUUCUACCCUCUUCCGUUACUCUUAGUCAUACAUACCUAAUCAUACAUAGCCAAUCUAGUCAUAAGCUUAUACACUCAUACACCCAUCCUUAACAUACCAAUAUUAUCGAGAAACUUAUCGACUAAUCGACUCGCCACUCUGCAGAGAGCACGGCAGUCAGUCGCUGUUGAACCAAGCUAAAGGACAGAUCAAAAUAAAAGAGUCACGUGAAAUUGUA